AUGCAAAGGAAUGCGGCGGCCGAGGGGAUGCUCUGCUUACAGGUCCUUGCCCUUCUUCCUCUCCAGUGCAGUCAUGUCAUCUCCACCUGUCGGGAUGCCUGGGGUCUGGCACGCAUGCACACGCGCUGGGGCUGCCUCCUCACAGUGCGCAGCCGGCACACUCUGUCACACUCUGAGGCUGCGAUGAGCGACCAGCCCGGGCUCCAGAGCAAGCGCCUCCCCUCCCGGCGUCCCCUCCUCCUCCACUGA